UAACCGUUCAAAUUAAACUUUAUGCACAACAAGGCUGCAUUCAAACUGUCAUGAGCAUCUAAUGCACAUGUUUCACACCGAGUUAGAGGUGACUCAACGCAGAUACUGUAGUUAAUUUAACAUGACAAGCAUUAGAACAUCUUGUUUUAGUAGCCUGAUUUGUCCAAUCCAUAACAUGUUCUGGACACGGUUGUGCCGACUGAGGAUCCAGAAGCCUUUGGGGAGUAGGACAUGUGCCUAUAGGUUCACCUCUGUCAAGCUGUCAGACCCUAUCAAGCCGCAUGUACCACCUAGAACUCUACUAGCUCCCUGGACCACCACAUACUCUGGUCAUCAUAGGACGUGUCACUCAAGCACACACAUCCAACAGCAUGGCUGGACUGUCAGACGAGACGGGGAGCGAGAUGUUUUGUUUACGGCACGACAUUUUAACACCUGUGUUCAGUCACUAUCAGCUGUCCCUGGUCAGCCCACCUCCACCAGACACUGGAGUUUCAGUAUACAGAGAAGGUUUUAUUCAACAGCUCCUGUUAAAUCAGUGAUGAAACCAGUGACUGUGCUUGGAAGUGGAAAAAAAAUUCCUAAAGGCCCCAGGACCAAACAACCAUCCAGAACCAAUCAGCCGACCCCAAAGGAGGACAAGGAUAUAAUGCAGUGCAUUGCCUAUGCGACAGCAGACCAGUACCAUCUGCCAACACUCUGCCAUGACCUCAUAGCCCACGGCUUCUACGAAGUAGAUUUACCAAGAGAUGCCUCAAAUGCACUCCUAAUAUGCACUGACAAUGCCCAAAAACCCAGUGAUAAUGCAACAAUGUUCUUCUUCAGGGAGGGAUCAGUGGUCUUUUGGAAUGUUGAAGAGAAAACAAUGAAGAAAGUGAUGAGGAUCUUGGAGCGGCAUGAGAUUCAUCCCUACGAGGUAGCUCUGGUCCACUGGGAAAAUGAAGAGAUCAACUACACUAUUGGAGAGGGAAACUCAAAGCUACAACGUGGUAACUUCCUGCUGAACAGUGAAAUAGAUCCUGACAAGGCCGUGUUGGAUAAAUUUGCAUUUUCAAAUGCCCUUUCUUUGUCAGUGAAACUGGCCAUAUGGGAGGUGGCUUUGGAUGACUUUGUGGAGUCGAUUCAGUCAAUUCCAGAGAUGCUGAAAUCUGGGAAAAAAAUAAAGCUGUCCAGAGCAGAGGUUAUGCAGAAGAUCGGAGAACUCUUUUCUCUGAGACACUGUAUCAACCUGAGCUCUGACCUGCUGUUAUGUUAUGUUAUGUUGUUCCAGACACUGUAUCAACCUGAGCUCUGACCUGCUGUUAUGUUGUUCCAGACACUGUAUCAACCUGAGCUCUGACCUGCUGUUAUGUUAUGUUAUGUUGUUCCAGACACUGUAUCAACCUGAGCUCUGACCUGCUGUUAUGUUGUUCCAGACACUGUAUCAACCUGAGCUCUGACCUGCUGUUAUGUUGUUCCAGACACUGUAUCAACCUGAGCUCUGACCUGCUGUUAUGUUGUUCCAGACACUGUAUCAACCUGAGCUCUGACCUGCUGUUAUGUUGUUCCAGACACUGUAUCAACCUGAGCUCUGACCUGCUGUUAUGUUGUUCCAGACACUGUAUCAACCUGAGCUCUGACCUGCUGUUAUGUUAUGUUAUGUUGUUCCAGACACUGUAUCAACCUGAGCUCUGACCUGCUGUUAUGUUGUUCCAGACACUGUAUCAACCUGAGCUCUGACCUGCUGUUAUGUUGUUCCAGACACUGUAUCAACCUGAGCUCUGACCUGCUGUUAUGUUGUUCCAGACACUGUAUCAACCUGAGCUCUGACCUGCUGUUAUGUUGUUCCAGACACUGUAUCAACCUGAGCUCUGACCUGCUGUUAUGUUGUUCCAGACACUGUAUCAACCUGAGCUCUGACCUGCUGUUAUGUUAUGUUGUUCCAGACACUGUAUCAACCUGAGCUCUGACCUGCUGUUAUGUUGUUCCAGACACUGUAUCAACCUGAGCUCUGACCUGCUGUUAUGUUAUGUUAUGUUGUUCCAGACACUGUAUCAACCUGAGCUCUGACCUGCUGUUAUGUUGUUCCAGACACUGUAUCAACCUGAGCUCUGACCUGCUGUUAUGUUGUUCCAGACACUGUAUCAACCUGAGCUCUGACCUGCUGUUAUGUUGUUCCAGACACUGUAUCAACCUGAGCUCUGACCUGCUGUUAUGUUGUUCCAGACACUGUAUCAACCUGAGCUCUGACCUGCUGUUAUGUUGUUCCAGACACUGUAUCAACCUGAGCUCUGACCUGCUGUUAUGUUGUUCCAGACACUGUAUCAACCUGAGCUCUGACCUGCUGUUAUGUUGUUCCAGACACUGUAUCAACCUGAGCUCUGACCUGCUGUUAUGUUAUGUUGUUCCAGACACUGUAUCAACCUGAGCUCUGACCUGCUGUUAUGUUGUUCCAGACACUGUAUCAACCUGAGCUCUGACCUGCUGUUAUGUUAUGUUAUGUUGUUCCAGACACUGUAUCAACCUGAGCUCUGACCUGCUGUUAUGUUGUUCCAGACACUGUAUCAACCUGAGCUCUGACCUGCUGUUAUGUUGUUCCAGACACUGUAUCAACCUGAGCUCUGACCUGCUGUUAUGUUAUGU